AUGGAAGUUGGUGCUUCUGUCUGGGUCUUUGACUGUGAAGUUUGGCAUGAAGCAGUCAUUAUCACGCCUCUGAAUGCUUCUACUGGUCUUAUGGAAUGUGCCUAUGAAGUAGAGACUCAGGAUGAACAGCUUGUGACUGUCGAGAAUGAGAAUAAUGUUGCCGUCAUAAACACACAGGAAGUUUCAGAUGAAUUGGUGCGUAAACGUCACGAUUCUAUGCGACGAGCUGUGUCGAUUACGACAGAUUUGGUCUUACCACGUAGUCAGGGAGAACUUUACCAUACAGUACAGGACUUGACAAAGCUCGUGCAUUUACAUGAACCAGCUAUUCUUCAGGUAUUACGACGUCGGUUUUUUCAUGGAGACAUUUAUACUAGUACAGGACAGAUUUUGGUCGCCAUGAACCCAUUUCGACGAUUAUCACUGUACUCGGACGAUAUUAAGGACCAGUAUUAUCAUUUGGGAGGAAAUGCAGAAGCAGAUAAGACCUUAUUAUCACCACAUGUGUAUUCUGUAGCCGAUCAGGCGUUUCGGACAAUGCUCGUACCACGAACGAGUGACAAGAAAACAGAUCAGACGAUUCUUGUUAGCGGUGAGAGUGGGGCUGGUAAGACGGAGACUACGAAGCUCAUUAUGAACUACUUGGCUUACGUCUCGACCAAGCGGACACGUCGCGUGAUUCAAUCAAGUAAUGGCGACCAAACGACCAUUCACGAUCGAGUGCUGGAGUCAAACCCGAUAUUAGAAGCAUUUGGCAAUGCCAGAACUACAAGGAAUAAUAACUCGAGUCGCUUUGGCAAGUUUAUCAAGCUGGGGUUCACGUCAUCUGGUGAGAUGCUAGGUGCGUCCAUCUCUACGUACCUUUUGGAACGCGUGCGUCUCGUUUCACAGGGCAAGUGCGAACGAAACUACCAUGUUUUCUACGAGAUGUGUGACGGCAGCUCUCCGUCUGAGCGUCAGGAAUUGGCGCUUCAGGACGUACACAAGUACGCGUAUUUAAAUCAGUCUGAGUGUUACAAACGUUUGGACGGUGUGGUUGAUGCUGAAUCUUAUCACAUUACUCGAAGAGCCAUGUCAAGCAUUGGCAUGAGUCCUGAUGAACAGCUGAAUGUAAUGAAGAUUGUCUCUGCAGUGCUGCAUUUUGGUAAUGUAUGUUUCACAACGGCCAUGCAAAAUGGUGGAAAGGAUGACGCUUCUGUCGUGGACAUGGGUAAGUGUGGUAAUAACAUUCAAGCCAUUUGUUCACUUCUUGGCGUGGCGGAGGACGUUUUACGGCGCACUUUGUGCACAAAGCAAAUUAAGGCUGGUGCCGAGUUCAUCACGACUCGCCUUCCGGUUGCACAGGCGCUUUCAACUCGGGAUGCAGUAGUAAAAACGCUGUACUCCAACCUAUUUAACUGGUUAGUGGGCCGCAUCAACAGAAGUAUCGAGUACAAGGAAGAAGCGGGUGGUAGUCAGUUUAUUGGCGUCGUUGACAUUUUUGGUUUUGAAAUUUUUGAGCAAAACCGCCUGGAGCAGUUGUGUAUUAAUUACGCCAACGAGAAGUUACAACAGUUAUUUGGUAGGUUUGUGUUCCGCAUGGAGCAAGAUCAGUACGUGGCAGAGGAAAUACCUUGGAAGUUCGUGGACUACCCAAAUAACGAUGUAUGCGUGGCGCUAGUCGAAAAGCGUCACAUAGGCAUAUUCUCUCUUUUGGACGAGCAAUGUCUAAUUCCGCGCGGCAAUGACGAAAAGUUGGCAAACAAGUAUUACGAGUGUCUUGCAGAUAAGCACGAGAGCUUCUCAGUGACCCGACUUCAACGCGCUAAGGGCCAGUUUGUGAUUCACCAUUAUGCGGGAAAUGUGUGCUAUAUGACGGAUGGCUUUUGUGAUAAAAACAAAGACCACAUGCACACGGAGGCAUUGGAUUUACUACGUACUUCAAAAUCCUCUUUUGUGCGUGCUUGCUUCGAAAACAGUGUCACUGCUCCUGGCAAUGCCAGCCCUAGGAUCGGUCGGAUGGAACCUCGCGGCAGCGAUGGCAACCGUCGCCGAUCUGGUGGUAUGCUGUCAUCCACGGUUGUGGCGCAGUUCAAGAGUCAGUUGAGUUCGCUCUUGGAAAUACUGAAUGCUACGGAGCCUCACUUCAUUCGUUGCAUAAAGCCAAAUGACCAGGCAAGUGCGUCACAGUUCGAGCAGAGGCGUCUAUUGGAGCAGCUACGCUGCAGUGGUGUCUUGGAAGCUGUCAAGAUUUCUCGUAGCGGUUAUUCUGUGCGUUUUCCUCACGAUGUAUUUAUCAAAACGUACAGUUGCAUCUUGUCUCAGGUACCAAACGCACGGGAACAAGCGGAGAAAGAGGUGGCUAUGCAAAUGGUGGAUGCGUUAGCAGAAAUACUUACUGUUGUUACAAGCGCAAAACAUCCGCCGUUUCAGGUGGGUAAGACAAAGGUUUUUUGUGUUCUUGAAGCCCAUCAAGCGCUAGAAGCAGCUCGUUCGAAGGCUUUAUACAAGUCUGUUAUUACGCUACAGAGAUACUGUCUGGGCUACAGUGCGCGUUCUUGUUAUCAGCGUAAGCGCCGAUCGAUCGUUCGUAUUCAGGCGAUCUGGCGCUGUUGGUCAUGCUGGUAUCGCUACCAGCGCAUUGUGCGCCGCCAACGUUCGGCAAUAAGGGUGCAAAGCACAGUCCGCGGAUUUUUGGCCAGGAAAUUGGUAAGGCGUAUGCAUGCGGCUACUAUAAUUCAGUCUUUUGUGCGUGGAUGGCUCGUCCGACGCGAGUAUACUGCCAACACGCUGAGUUUCGAGCACGACGUAUCUUACGUGGGUUCCCUCGAUGAGCGUAGUACCACAGCAAGUUCCGAUUCUUUUUCGGAGUCCGUUUCUUUGAAAGACCGGAAGAAUACUACCAUUUCGUUUCAGAGUAGUUCAGUGUCUACUAGUGAUUACUCUGAUUAUGACGGAAGCAUGAGUGUUCGAAGCAGUUCCCAUGCAUCAAGAAAGAAAAUGAUCGGCGACUAUGAGCCACCAAAGCGUGUUCAAAACGAGUAUGAGAUUGUAUGGGAAUGCGGCCUGCUUGGCUUGUACUUUGAAAGCGACCCGGUAUCUGGAAUGCCCAUCGUCCGUCGUGUUCACGAAAGCUUGAGCAACUGUGCUGACAUUUUUGAGGUUUCUCGCGGCGAUGUUCUGCUAGCUGUUGGGAAGGUGAAAGUAAAAAAAGGUGAUAUCCGUCGCAUUUUGUCGUUACUCCAGGAAGUUCAGAAGCCAGUGCGUUUGCAUUUCUUCCGGAACCCGACCGAAUCAUUCCGCUUACGAUCAGGAUCGCUUGAGCUCUUGGGUGAAGAGGACUAUGAGGUUUUAUGGAAGGAAGGCGUUCCGCUUGGUCUUGGGUUUCGUCCCGACCCAAGUACUGGAUACCCGUGUGUUCUCCAGUCACAAGGCAACCAGCUUUUGCCUGGCAUGUUCAAUGUGCGAGCAGGCGAUCACUUGGUCUUUAUCAAUGAAUUUUCGACACAGAGCGUGCGUUUCCAAAAGGUAAUUGACAUUCUCGAAAGUGGUCCCAGACCGGCAGUGCUGCGCUUCCGGCAUACCGACCUCGUGGAAGACUUAAGUCAGCACGUUGAUUUAACGAACCCAUUAGAGAGCUCGAUGCUGUCAAAUCCGCAGGACGAUACUAACUUAUUGGGCAUGUCACGUCUGAUUCGACCAUCCCGUGUGAGCAUGAACCCAAAGAACGAUCACUCACUGUAUUACAUUACGUGGAAAGAGGAGGACGGUCCCUUGGGUAUUGUUGUGAAGCAGGAGAGCACUAGCUACUAUCCACGCGUGAUCAACGUGAAAAGCGAGGGUGCUGUUACGCGCGAGUCGCAAAAGAACCGUGUGGAAAUUGGUGAUGUUCUACUGAGUAUUAACAACAACAAUAUCAGCAAGAUGGGGUUUGGUGCAGCGAUGAAGCUAUUGCAGAAGGGUCCAAAACCGCUUCUUUUGAUGUUCCAGCGUCCAAGCACGUCCCUUGUGAUGUCCUCAAGGAGUUGCAACCUGUAA